CAGUGGUUGGACUUGGUUAUAAUAAUAUCAAUACGUGAAAGUUUGGAACGUCCUUUUGUUUUCUGACAUCAUUUUUUUGAGUCAUGGGGGAGGUGGCUGCGGAAACAAGAAAGCAGAGCCUGGUUUUUGCUGUUAAUGGACAGAGGUUUGAGCUUUCAGAUGUAGACCCUUCUACUACUUUGCUUGAGUUCUUGCGUUAUCAGACUCCUUUCAAGAGUGUGAAGCUCGGCUGUGGUGAAGGAGGCUGUGGCGCCUGCAUUGUCCUACUGUCCAAGUAUGACCCCGCGCUCGACCAGGUUCAUGAUUCUACUGUGAGUUCAUGCCUCACGCUACUUUGCAGUUUAAGUGGAUGUUCAAUCACAACAGCCGAGGGAAUCGGAAAUAGCAAGGAUGGUUUCCACCCUAUUCAAGAAAGAUUCGCUGGUUUCCAUGCUUCUCAAUGUGGCUUUUGUACUCCAGGAAUGUGUGUUUCUCUCUUUUCAGCUCUUGUCAAUGCUGAUAAAACCAAUAGGCCAGAACCCCGUCCUGGGUUCUGCAAGCUGACAGUUACUGAAGCAGAAAAGGCCAUUGCUGGAAACCUUUGUCGCUGUACCGGUUACCGCCCUAUUGCUGAUGCUUGUAAAAGUUUUGCUUCUGAUGUUGAUAUGGAGGACUUGGGUUUUAACUCCUUUUGGAAAAAAGGAGAAAGUGAUGAAGUAAAGCUGAGUAGGUUGUCUUCAUACAAUCAUAACAAUGCAAGUUCUAAGUUUCCUGAGUUUCUCAAGAAGGAAAUCAAGGCAGGUGUCUGUCUGGCUUCAAAAGACUAUUGUUGGUAUAGUCCUGCUAGUCUUGAGCAACUUCAAAGCUUAUUGCAAGAGAAUGAGGCCAACAAUGGAAACUCCGUGAAGAUUAUCGUUGGUAACACAGGAGUGGGGUAUUACAAGGAACUAGAACUCUACAAAAAAUAUAUUGAUUUAAAAUAUAUUCCUGAGCUCUCAAUCAUUAGGAAAGACCAGACAGGGAUUGAAAUUGGUGCAGCUGUGACAAUUUCUAAAGCUAUCGAAGCUCUGAAGGAAGAAAAUCUAGGCGAUUAUCACCUAGAAAGUAAAACAGUGUUCAAGAAAAUUGCUGACCAUAUGGAGAAGAUAGCAUCGGGUUUCGUAAGGAAUUCAGGUAGUGUUGGAGGGAAUUUGAUAAUGGCCCAGAGGAAACAUUUUCCAUCAGAUAUUGCUACCAUACUACUUCCUGUGGGUACAAUAAUGAAUAUAACGACAGGUCAGAAACUUGAAAAGCUUACACUGGAGGAGUUCUUCGCAAGGCCUCCCUUAGAUUCCAAAGCCAUUCUUCUAAGCAUUAAGAUUCCUUGCUGGGAGUCAAGAAGGGAUAUUUCUUCUGAAACUGAUACUAAGUUGCUAUUUGAAACUUAUCGUGCUGCACCACGUCCUCUUGGAAAUGCACUGCCCUAUUUGAAUGCUGCUUUCUUGGCCGAGGUUUCCUUUUGUAGAAAUUCAACUGGAGUUAAGCUAAAUGACUGUCAAUUGGCUUUUGGUGCUUAUGGGACCAAACAUCCCAUUAGAGCAAGGAAGGUUGAGGACUUUCUAACUGGAAAGUUGCUAAAUGUUGAUGUUCUCUAUGAGGCUAUUAAAUUACUUGAAACUACUGUAACACCUGAAGAUGGCAUCUCUAGCCCAGCUUACAGGACAAGUUUGGCUGUUGGCUUUCUUUACGAGUUCCUAAGCUCCUUAGUUCACACCCCUGCUGAAAUUCCGGGUGGUUGGCGCAAUGGAUAUAGUAUUGCUGUGUUGAAUGGGGAUUCCUAUUCAGAGAACUAUGAUAAGUUCAAUGGAAUCAAAUUCCCAACAUUGUUGUCAUCGUCAAAGCAGGUCAUUCAGUCAAGUAAAGAGUACCAUCCAGUAGGACAGCCAAUUACAAAAGCUGGAGCUGUCAUUCAAGCAUCUGGUGAGGCUGUUUUCGUGGAUGACAUUCCAGCUCCAAGCAAUUGCCUAUACGGAGCAUUUAUUUAUAGUACAGAGCCUCUAGCACGGGUGAAAAGCAUAAAAUUUAAGUCUGGAUCAUCACUGGUUGGAGUCACUGCACUAAUUUCUGUCAAAGACAUUCCAGGGAAGAAUGUAGGUUGUACGACCAUAUUUGGUCUAGAACCUCUAUACGCAGAUGAGCAUACUCAGUGUGCAGGAGAGAGGAUUGCCGUUGUGGUUGCAGAUACACAAAGACAUGCAGACUUGGCAGCAAACCUUGCAGUGAUUGAUUAUGACAAGGAGAAUCUAGAACCACCAAUAUUAUCUGUAGAAGAGGCUGUUGAGAGGCAUAGCUUUUUUGAGGUCCCUCCUUUCCUCAACCCUGAACAGGUUGGUGAUUUUUCAAAAGGAAUGGCAGAAUCCGAUCACCAAAUUCUCGGUGCUGAGAUCAAACUUGGGUCACAAUACUAUUUCUAUAUGGAGACACAAACUGCUCUUGCUGUGCCAGAUGAAGACAACUGCAUGACGGUGUACAGUUCUAAUCAAUGCCCUGAGUUUGCACAAGACACAAUAGCUCAAUGUCUUGCUCUUCCUGCAAAUAACAUUCGUGUGAUUACAAGAAGGGUUGGAGGAGGUUUUGGUGGAAAGGCCAUAAAAGCAAUUCCUGUUGCUGCAGCCUGUGCAGUUGCUGCUUACAAAUUACAGCGUCCUGUCAGGAUGUAUCUCAAUCGCAAGACUGAUAUGAUAAUGGCAGGAGGAAGGCAUCCGAUGAAAAUAACUUACAGCGUAGGAUUCAAAACAAGUGGGAAGAUUACAGCCCUAAAACUAGAUAUAUUAAUUGAUGCGGGGGCAUUUGCAGAUGCAAGUAUUCUCAUGCCAUCACUUAUUCUUGGGACAGUUAGAAGAUAUGACUGGGGUGCUUUAAAUUUUGAUAUAAAGGUAUGCAAAACAAACCUUCCUAGUAGAUCUGCAAUGAGGGCCCCUGGAGAGGUUCAAGGAUCUUUUAUUGUUGAAGCUAUAAUUGAACAUGUAGCUUCCACUCUUUCCAUUGAAGUGGACUCUGUCAGAAAUAUUAAUCUCCACACAUACAACAGCCUUGGCUUCUUUUACAAGAGUAUUGCAGGUGAACCAUUGGAGUAUACUCUACCUUCAAUAUGGGAUAAGUUGGCCACUUCUUCAGACUUUUAUCAAAGGAGUGAAAUGAUAAAAGAAUUCAACAGAUGCAAUAAAUGGCGAAAAAGAGGAAUUUCACGUGUGCCUAUUGUGCAUGAAGUGAAUGUGAGACCAACACCAGGGAAAGUAAGCAUCCUAAAAGAUGGAUCAAUUGUUGUUGAAGUUGGAGGUAUUGAGCUGGGUCAGGGUCUCUGGACAAAAGUAAAACAGAUGACUGCAUAUAACAGAAAGGAUUCGGUUGGAAAUCUUUGUCAUGCAAAUUGUGGAAUUGACUGA